AUGUGUGAUUAAGUGCCUUGCUCAAGGACACAACAUGUUCACUUGGCUGGGGCUCGAACUUACGACCUUCAGGUUGCUAGUCCAAUGCUUAACCACUUGGCCAUCUGCCCACACUGAUUCAAAAUACUGCUGUGACAACUUUGACUUUUAAUUUUUUUAAUUUAUUGAGAUACAGAGCGGAGUAGAUCCUUCUGGUCCUUUGAGCCAAUCCCCAAUUUAGUGCUAGCCUAAUCACAGGGCAAUUUACAAUAAUCAGUUAAUUAACCCGCCAACCAGUAGGUCUUUGGAAUGUGGGAAGAACCUGGAGCUCCCAGAGGAAACCCACGCGGUCACGGGGAGAACGUACAAACUCCUGACAGGCAGUGGUGGGAAUUGAACCCGAGUCAUCUGUACUGUAAACUGUUGUGCUAACCACUACAUUACUGUGCCACCCCAGGGGGAUGUAGGGCCUGAGAUUGAACAUCACAUUUGAAAUAAAGGAUCUACGAUAAUGUAUCACACUCUGUGUACUGAAUUGAAAAGUCUAGGUUUUUGAUCUCAGGUAUCUGUUUUGCGAAUGGAAAUCUAAGGAAGGAAAGUGCUGUCCACUGUUUUUGGAGCCAUGUUGGCAAAGUCUCUGAGCAGUCAGAUAUGAAAGUCCAUGUUUUGACCUCCAAUUUUGUGCUCAGCAGAAGAUAUCAUCGUGGCCAACAGUAAAGGUACAUCAUAAUGACUAAACAACUGUUAUUUGAAUUCAGACAUUGAUGGUGAAAACAGAGAGAGGUUUUCUGCGGUAUCUUGUCCUUUGCUAAAUUCUACUGGCAAGGAACACAGUUUGGGAUCUGCGGUUGUUGGGGUUGGUGAUAUCCAGAAUUAACUCCUCUGCUGUCAACUCUUCCUGUGGUCGGCACUGUGUCUCUCCUUCGGCCGAGGACCGUGAAGCCAAAAGAACAAGAAGGAAUAAGUCUCAGCGCAAUUCAGAAUCCUUUAGCUCUUUAAAUGGCCUUGGAAGACACAGUUCGUGGAACAAAGACUAUCCUGCUGAAUUUGCUGAACUGCAUGCUGGUAUUCUACACAGUCUAUUACCUGUUUGCAAGUGUCUGCUUUGGAGCAUUUGGUCAUGAUUCAUUCGGUGGGUUGAUUCCAUUUGACUUUAAAACUCCAGCUUCAACAUCCAGCUCAAAGUACCUAGUGAACCUGCUGUCAAUGGAACUGACAUAUUUCAUCAGCGGUCUGCUGUUUGCAGCUAUAGUUAAGGAAAGGGUUUGGGACUACUCUUUCACAGUUGCACUCAGUCAUAUCCUGCUGACUUUAGGAGUGAUGGUCGAAUUUCCUUUGGUAUGGCAAUGGUGGUUGGCAUUGGUUGUUGGUUUGUUGCUGAUGAUUGGUAAUGGACAGUUGGUUGCACAUUUCAUUUGCCGGAAUAACCCCAGUUACUCUUCAGUCGAUGUUUGAGAGAGAAUGGAGGAAACAUGGCUGCAGACAUCAAGGAACUAAAGAGGGCUCUACGACUGUGUGGACUGAUACCGUAUCUGUAUUCACUUCAGUGUUUAAAAAAAAGUCACGCUUCUUCAGCGAUAUCAUGUGUUUGAAAUGCAGACCCUACAUUUUAUCAGUGAGACGGGUUAUUUGUAGCAAGAAAAUUAUGAAGAUCGGGGAACUGAAACAAGAGAUUAAUUUUACAAUUUCAUACCCCUGCGUUGUUCCGAUAUUACAUUGUUCCCGCUUUCCAAGGUUCUCUUGAAAAGUGAUGAGUUUGGAGAUGAUUUUAAUUUUGCCCAAACUUAUGUGCAGUUGGAACAGCUUGAAAAAGUUUGCUUUGAACAUGCUCUUGAUAAGGAUUGCUAGAACACAAUAAUCUCCGGUAUAAGUUGAGACCUUUUAAAAUGUGCUCCAGUCAGGCCUGCUUUUGUUCAGUUUGACUGUGCCAUGUUGACGUGAAAACAAACUUGUGAAACUUUUAAAAAGUGAGCACAAAAAGAAUUAGUUUAUUCAAGUUUCUUUUUAGGUGUCGUGUAUUCAUAGUUGUAAAGUAGAAUUUAAAAUACUCCCCAGUAAUGUUUACAGUAUUCAUGUAAGAUAUUAAACUUUAUUUCUA